UUUCUUCAUCGAAGAAGAAAAUCACUUUCGUUGGCAAGUGGUAGACAACAUUUUACAGUGGUUCUAUUUUUCUUGUUCUGUUUUUUAAAAUAUAUUGGCAGCUUCGUUUAACAUAAAUAAGCAUAAAUAAUAUAUGUGAAUUGUACUGUACAGGGAAGCUGAAAGAGAACGAAGACCCAGUAGAGUUCUUCAGACAGCAGAACCAUGGCAGCUGUGGGGACAUGGGGUUUCUCUCAGCCUUCCGUGGAGAGAAUACGGUCCCUGAUUACUGCUGGAGGACACGCCACAGAUGCUGUAGAGGAGGCCAUGGCAGAUGUUGAAGAUGAUCCAAAGACUGGGCUUCACAUUGUGGGGAGGGGAGGAUUCCCUAACAGUGGGGGAGUGUUGGAGUGUGAUGCUGCCAUCAUGGAGGGCAUCACUGGCAGGUUCGGGGCAGUCGCAGCACUACGGGGGGUUGGGGCUCCGGUGCGGGUGGCUCGUAGGGUGAUGGACAGAAGCCCCCACAGUCUGCUUGUUGGGGAGGGAGCAGUAGCUUUUGCCAGGGAGCAGGGCUUUACUAUAGAGCCCAAUGACAACAUGCUGAGUGCACACUCAGCCAAGGCUUACCAGGAAUUUCUGGAACAGAAGCAAAGUGUCAGUGGACAUGACACACUUGGACUUAUAGCGUUAGAUAACAUGGGGAACAUAACUGUUGGAGUUUCUACUUCAGGGGCCCCCUUCAAAUCACCAGGGAGGGUGGGAGACUCACCCCUACCUGGAUGUGGCCUAUACGCUGAACACAUGGUGGGAGCUGCGGCAGCCACAGGUGAUGGUGAUAAAAUAAUGUGUCAUUGCCCAAGCUUCCACGCUGUUCAACUGAUGAAACAGGGGUCAUCACCCAACAUGGCCUGUUACACUGUCCUGGAUGACAUCAUCAGGAGGACUGCCCCGGACAAGUGCUUUGAGAUUGGACUCAUCGCCCUGAACGUGAAGGGUGAAGUAGGGGCUGCCUCUUCAGUGGAGUUUCCCUACACAUUCUGGAUCCAGGGGAAGGACUAUGUGGAAACAAGUACUCAGCUUCCAAAUUCCACAGAAAUGGAGGGCACAGAAAAAUGUGACACAUGUACAGUAAAAUAAAGGGUGUGUCAUUGUUAACAGUGAUGUAUUGAAUUGUAUUGAUAGUAAUUGAUAAUAAAACAAUUUUAUGUUUACUAUAA